CCACAAUACUCAGAGCUGACUAGAACUGAAACAGAGUCUUCUGCUCAACAUGUACGACUCUUACAAGAGCUUUACCCUGAAUUCAGCUGACUUUGACAACAGCACUUUUGCAUACUCUGCAUACUCAGACAGUGAAGAUGUCACUCCUUGUAGCCAAGAGGAGAAUAAGAUUUUUGAUCAAAGUUUUGUGCCAGCAUUUUAUAGCCUUUUGUUCUUGGCUGGAAUCCUGGGAAAUGGGCUGGUCAUGACCGUCCUGCUGCCAAAUAGACAGAAAAUGCAGAGCACCGAUAUCUUCAUUUUGCAUCUGGCAUUGGCCGAUUUGUUGCUGGUUGCCACCUUACCAUUUUGGGCAGUACAGACUACCUUAGGAUGGGUAUUUGGCCAAGUCCUAUGCAAAAUAGUGGCUUCCAUCUUCAAAAUCAACUUUUAUGCUGGCACUUUCCUCCUUACCUGUAUAAGCUUUGAUCGCUAUCUCUCGAUAGUCUAUGCUGUCCAGGUUUAUAAAAGGCACAGAAUGGACCUCGUUCACUGGAGCUGUUUCAUAGUUUGGUGCCUGUGCUUCAUAUUGUCUAUUCCUGAUGCAAUGUAUUAUUCCGUCUCACUGGAAUCUCGAAUAAACAUGACCGUAUGUGAGCCCUUUUUCCCCAUCUCGACUUCAAGACACUGGAAAGUGGCUUUGACUUUUCUGUUCCACAUCAUGGGAUUUCUGCUGCCUCUGGUUGGUAUGUUGUAUUGUUACUCACAUAUCAUACUAACCCUGCUAAAUUCUCAAGGAUUUAAGAAACAGAAGGCGCUAAGACUUAUAAUUGCUGUUGUGGUGGCUUUCUUCUUGUGUUGGUCCCCAUAUAAUAUUGCAGCAUUUAUAGACACAGUGAAGAUGUUGCAGCUUAACAGUAGCUGCGACUUUGAAACUAAAAUUGAUAUCGCAUUAUCGGUCACGUCUGGUCUGUGCUACUUCCACUCUUGCCUGAAUCCUGUGCUCUAUGCUUUCAUUGGGACCAAAUUCAAGAGUAAUCUGGCUGAAAUGUUUAGUAACACAAGACUAUGUCCACAGUUUGUGGCACAAUACGUGAAGAGGAGGCAGCCUUCCACUAGAUCUUCCACCAGGUCUGAUUCUGGUGACACAUCUCUAUCUGGGGUCUACUAGAGUCAGUGGUGGACUGCACAGUCUAUUGGUUAUGAAAGAUAACCACAUCAACAUUCAGACAAGAAAAGGAUUUAAUUAAGAAGAGUCAAGAACAAUGCCUUGGAAAACAAAUAUUGGAUGCAAAAAAAAAAAUCAUGCACAAAAUUGGUCAGUGGGCACAUUCAAGCUUUUCCACACCAUGGAUUUACUCUACAUGAGCAGAUGGUCUCACAAAAACAGCAGCAUUCUGCAAUCCAGUAUUACUCUAUCCAAGGGUAAUGGCUUUCAUGUGGGUAGUUUGGGGAUCCCGUUUAUUCACUACUUGAUUUUCACAAAUCAUUUUCAAAGACUACUGUACCUCCAAAUUGAUAUUUAAGAUACAGUAUGAACCAUGAGCAAAAUCCCACUCCACUAUGGACAGCUGCCCUGAUGAAAUUUGGCACAUCAAAAACUCAGUCUGAUGGAAUGAGAUAUCCCUACCAUGCUCCAGUGUAUGAACCAACCAAUCAACACACACCAUUUCUUCAUAGCAAGUUUACAAAGUGAUCUGUUUCUCUGUUUAGAUAGAGAAACACCACUUUGUCUAACAUGGACAACUGCUGCUGAGGCUUAGGAGAGAGCUUGGUGAAUAUAACUGGUUAUGUGGAAACUCACUAGUAUUUCUCAGCUCAGUAAUACACAACUUUUGAUGCCAAUGUCAAAUAGUGUCUUUACUUGCUUUUUAAAGUGAUAAAGGUAUCUUAGAAAUGAAGGAGUAUAUUUACACCCCCCCCCCCUCCUUACAAUUGCCAGCAUUCCUCCUACAAAAAAAAGUCAAAACAGAAAAGGACGAGCCCUCACUUCAUCAAACCCUGAUAAUUUUUCUAAAGCUCCAUCCCUUACAUGUCUUAAAUCAAGGAUUUACUGUAAGUCAAUAUAGUUUAGUAAUAUUUGUUAAUAUUCCUUCAUAGAGGCAGAAUGAUUGUGCAGUGGUUUUUGAUGGGAUGUUUUGCCAUGACUGGAGUUUACUCUAAGGGCGGUUUUCAAAUGAUUUAUCACGCCCAAUCUUCUUUCUAAAGUGAUCCCUGUUAUCGCGCAUAUCGCGCCCAUAGUAAUCAGGUUUAGCUGCAUAAAGGGUUAGGUGCCCUCGUUACCCGGGGGUAGCAAGCUGAAAUGAUUAUACCACGCCCAUCAGCAGAAACCGAACGGGUGUGGAAGGGGGUGAAAAGAAUGAAAUAUCGCCCAGAGCGAUGUCUCUCUGAGUGUUGUUGUGAGUCCGUUCUCUGGGGGUCAUUCCGAGUUGAUCGUAGCUGUGCUAAAUUUAGCACAGCCAUGAUCAUUCACACUGACAUGCGGGGGGACGCCCAGCACAGGGCUAGUCCGUCCCCCAUGUCAGUGCUGCCCCCCC